AUCGAGAGAAGAAGAAGAAGUGAUGCACCGGAAGUGAUGGUCACGCUCUUUCUAAUGGAACCAGAUCGCGUCUCGUGGCUUCUCUCGUGUGUUCUCUCGCUACAUCCAUGGUUCUCUCUCGGUGUUCCUGAGGAAGUGUGUGUGCACAGCUGAUCCAUCCAUCGUCUGUGUGUCUGGAUGAACCUCUGACUUUGUGCUCUUUCUUCUGAAGCCUCUAGCUCGGACUCUAGAAGCUAGCUUAGCAUACUAGCUUAGCAUGCUAGCUGGUAACACGCUAGCAACACAGAGUGAGAGAAACGGGAAGUGGUGAUUUAGUAAACACGAGUGUUGUAAUGCUCUCGUUGUUGAAGCAGCGACUCACUGCGGCUGCUGAAGACAUCUUUGUUCUGUUUGAAAGAACGAUAGCAGAGUACGAGGAGGAACUGUCUCGUUCAAAACAGGAGAACGAGAGACACCGGAAACUACUGGACGCUGUUUUACAGCCUCAGCUUCAGAUCCACAGAGCAGACGUCCAGCAGCUGGUGGUGGUUAACGAAGAGGUUCCCCCUGCUCAGCAGGAGUGGAGCUCCAGUCUGGAUCGGGAGGACUCAGAGCCCCCCCCACACAUUAAAGAGGAACAGGAGGAACUCUGGACCAGUCAGGAGGGAGAGCAGCUUCAAGCGCUGGAGGAGGCUGAUAUCACCAAGUCCAUAUUCAAUCCUGUCCCUGUGAAGAGUGAAGAUGAUGAAGAGAAACCUCAGUUCUCUCAGCUUCAUCAAAGACAAACUGAACACCUGGAAACAGAAGCUGAUGGAGAGGACUGUGGAGGACCAGAACCAGCCAGGAACUCAGAUCCAGAGAGACAUUUACAACCAGAGACUGAGGACAACACUGGAGACUCUUUUGAACCUGACACUGAAAACUCUUCUGAACCUGACACUGAAGACAGGGCUGAUUGGAAGAAGACGAGAGAACCAGGUUCAAACUCUCAGAAAAAUAAACAAGACCCUGUCUGUGAUUCAAGACGUAGUGCAGGAGAAAAACCAUUCAGCUGCUCAGUCUGUGAGAGAACUUUUGCACUGAGAGGAAAUGUAAAGCAACACAUGAGAAUCCACACAGGAGAGAAACCAUUCAGCUGCUCAAUUUGUAAGAAAUCUUUUGGACAGAGAGGAGAUUUAAAGAAACACAUGAGAAUCCACACAGGAGAGAAACCAUUCAUCUGCUCAAUUUGUAAGAAAUCUUUUGGACAGAAAGGAGAUUUAAAGAAACACAUGAGAAUCCACACAGGAGAGAAACCAUUCAUCUGCUCAAUUUGUAAGAAAUCUUUUGGACAGAGAGGAGAUUUAAAGAAACACAUGAGAAUCCACACAAUAGAGAAACCAUUCAGCUGCUCAAUUUGUAAGAAAUCUUUUGGACAGAAAGGAGAUUUAAAGAAACACAUGAGAAUCCACACAGGAGAGAAACCAUUCAUCUGCUCAAUUUGUAAGAAAUCUUUUGGACAGAAAGGAGAUUUAAAGAAACACAUGAGAAUCCACACAGGAGAGAAACCAUUCAUCUGCUCAAUUUGUAAGAAAUCUUUUGGACAGAGAGGACAUUUAAAGUACCACAUGAGAAUCCACACAGGAGAGAACUCAUUCAUCUGCUCAAUUUGUAAGAAAUCUUUUGGACAGAAAGGAGAUUUAAAGAAACACAUGAGAAUCCACACAGGAGAGAAACCAUUCAUCUGCUCAAUUUGUAAGAAAUCUUUUGCACAGAGAGGAAAUUUAAAGACACACAUGACAAUCCACACAAUAGAGAAACCAUUCAGCUGCUCAAUUUGUAAGAAAUCUUUUGGACAGAGAGGACAUUUAAAAUACCACAUGAGAAUCCACACAGGAGAAAAACCAUUCAGCUGCAGUGUUUGUGACCAAAGAUUCACCCGGCGAUAUCGGGUAAAACUUCAUAAGUGUGUUGGUCGUCAGUCCUCACAGCUUCAUCAAACUCAAACUGAGGAGAACAGAGAGGCAGAGCCUCCAGCCAGCAUCUCAGCUGAACACCUGGAAACAGAAGCUGAUGGAGAGGACUGUGGAGGACCAGAACCAGCCAGGAACUCCGAUCCAGAGAGACAUUUACAACCAGAGACUGAGGACAACUCUGGAGAUUCUUCUGAACCUGACACUGAAGACAGUGAUUAUUGUUAGGUUCAAACUCUUUAAGUUAGUCCCAGUAAAUGUGUAUAAUGCGAUACCUGCUCGAAAUGUGUUAAAACAUCAUUGCUCUAAGUCAAGUCUGAAUGUGUAUUAAAACAAAUAUUAAGCACAGAAACAAGUCCAUUGUGCUCUAAUGACACCAAAGUAACCAACACUUAUGGCGACACUGACAGAGAACCAGAGCCAGCCAAGAACAUGACUUUAGCUUCUCCUGACCCUGAAAUCAGUGGUGAUUGGAAAGAUCUGUUAUUCCGGUUAAACACUCUAAACCAGUGGUUCUCAACUGGUCAGGCCUUGGGACGCACUUUUUUCCUUUGUCAAUAAAUCGCGACCCGACAUUUGCUUAUUUGCUUUUCAGCAGAAAAAAUCAAUUAAAGUGAAGUACAGUGCAUAUAUCCCUUAUAUCCCUUCACAGAACUAAAGUAUGCUUUUAAAAAAGUUUAAUGAGAUGAUGGAAUCAAAGCUGAACUGUAUAACAUAAAAAGGCACACAUGUUGGAAACCCAACCCCAGCAGGGGGGUCUGGGGGGGAUUCUCCCCCAGGAGAUUUUUUGAACUGCUAACAUAUAAACUACGCAUUCUGGCAGGGCCAUCCCUGGCCAAUUUGUGGCCCCACGCAAAGUUAUAUGAUGAGGCCCUCCGUGUCCCAGCGGCAAAACUGUGCCGCGCUUACACUAAUUGCGCCGCAUAACGGUGCGCUCAGUUGAGGGGCCCCCUCCGCAAGAUGAGGCUCCCUCAGCGAGGUGAGGCCCCACGCAGUCUGCGUGAUCUGCGUGUAGGAAGGGAAGGCCCUGCAUUCUGGUACACUCUGAGAAGAAAAUAAAUAAAUCUAUUAGGCUACUACCCGACAUAUUAAUAAUAUUUGAUGCCAUUGUUUGUGUUUCACUUUGUUCUGAAGCUGAACUUGCUGCUCCUCACAGAGAGAAGAGUAAAGAGGAGAUGGUCUGUGUGAAUUACUUUAAAUUGUGGGUAAGGGUAGAUAGCUCCCAUUGUACUGUGACCUGUCAAUCAUGAAACCGGGGGUCAUAUUUCAUUAUGUGUUCAUUUGUAUCUGAAGUUGUACCCAUGGGUGUAUCUGAGUGUGGGAAAAUAUUACGCCUGAAAGACAGUCUGAAGAGACGUGAGAAUUCACAUGGGAGAAGCCAUUUGGUUGCUCAGUUUGUGACCAAAAACAUAGACAUAAAAACCAAAGUGAAUCUCCCUGCAUCAGCACUUUUCCCAAUAGGCACUUUAUUAAGUAUGCAGAUGAUACGGCCCUGGUCAGCCUCCUCUUUGAUGAGGAAGAGGAGCAUGGGCCUGUCCUUGACUUCUUUAUUAACUGGUGUGAGAAGUCAAACCUGCUUCUAAACACCUCAAAAACAAAGGAGAUGGAAAUUGAUUUUAGAAUAGCACAAUCGCCCAACCCUACUCUUUUAUUAAAUAGUGAGCCCAUUCAAUGUGUCACUGAGUACAAGUAUCUUGGUGUCGUGCUUGACCACAAGCUCAGAUGGGACGUUUGGGCUGAGAAAAUAAAUGCUAAGUCUCAACAAAGAAUGUUUUUUUUACGUAAAUUAUUGUCUUUUAAUGUCGGCAACAGAAUGGUGAAGAUGUUUUAUCAUGCUUUUAUCGAAAGUGUGCUCUCAUUCGGCAUCAUAUGCUGGUUCGGCAACGCAACUGAGGCACAGAAAAAGUCAGUCAGGAGGGCCAUAACAUUGUCCAGUAAAUUGACAGGAAUCUAAUUGGCUAAUAUAGAAUGCUUAUAUAAGGACAGAGUUUUAAAACUGGCACACAAUAUUGUGAGUGACCUGAGGCACCCUCUUGCCUCUUACUUUGAAUUGUUGCCAUCCGGGCGGAGAUAUCGUGCCCCUUAUUUCAAAAAGAACAGAUCUAGGCUGUCUUUCGUCCCACAAGCCAUCAAACUCCUGAACAAAUGAUGGCUAGGACGCACUGUUUACCCAGCUGGUCUGGCCCUGUCCCCCCUAUUUCGCAAAUGAGGGCCUAUAGGCCCCUUGUCAUGUCUGCCGAUAUCUGGUUUUCUUAUGUCUGUUUGUUUUUAUCUGUGUCUAUGUUGUUGUCAGUGAUGUAUUGUCUUAACUUUUUGAAAUGCCUCUGUGAUGUGCUGCAACCCAUUUUCCCCUUGGGGACUAAUAAACGAAUACUACUACUACUUUGAACAAGAAAAAGCAACGGCUGAUCUCUUAUCGUUUAGUUGAUAUCACUAGCUAAUGUGAGUUACAUUUCAUCCUGAUGCUUUUGAAGAAUCGUUGUUAAUAAAGUGAACUCUUUUUGAAAAGGAA